AUGAGGAUUCUUGUCUUUGUCUAUCUCACCUUUUUGUAUAAGCUCUCUGAGGGGGCUGGAAAAGGUAAGAAGACAGAGGAUUCCAAAAGUACUGUGAAGAAAGCUGAGGAAUCAACAAAACCAGCUGAAACUACAGAGGUCAAAACAGUAAUCCUUGAUACUCUGGAUAUCGGAAAAGAUGUUAUCAAAGAACAAGUCGUCUUUGUUGAAUGUGUUCAUGAAGAAAUUACCUACAAGAGUUACACUCUGAGGGAGAAUGUCACUGCUAAUACUGUCAAGGAGGAAGAUGCUACAAUAUGGACCACAGGAGACGAAGGGAAAUAUCUCAAAGUCCUGACAUAUUCCAAGGAUAAUCUCCAUCUCUGUCGUAUUAAUGUGUUCCCUCUGGGUAACAUUCCACAUUGCUUUGAGAAGGUAAAUGAGAAAUGGGAAUCACUAGAGCAUCCAGAAUUCUCUAAAAAACUAAAUGCUCUUUUAAACCCUGUAAACACAAAAAUGAGACUAGAAUUCAUGAUGUUGUCAGAUGAUGUAGCCGACCUUUAUGAGUAUUAUUCCAGUGGAAUGUUAGUCACUGUUGCAUUCCCAAAGUUCAAGACUACGAGCGUAUCUUGUAUAGGGGAAAUUUGGAAGACUGAGAAUGGUGAAGAAUGUAUUUGCGCUCGGUUUUAUACUAGAAGAGGAUGGUUUUGUACUCUUUAUGUAAAGAAGGGUAACAGUACAGAGAUCAAAAAUUUUGAAUAUAGUAAUAAUAAGUGGAAUAGUGUCACUAACCGUAACACACUUAUACACGCUUGUAACUCAUAUGGAGCUCCUGAGGACACCAAAACAAAUGUUACUACAACUGCUAUGGACAUUACCAAGGAUGAUAAUACGGUCUAUACUACGAAGACUUUUACAGUCUCUGGAAUAAAUGUCAAGAGACAGACUCCACUUCCAAAUAAAUUUAUAAAUGAGGUUAAAGAGGGAGAAGCAUCAAUGUGGAAGACUCCUGAAGGUCAAAGUCAUAGAUGUGUAUCCUGUGUGUUUAAAUCAAGGGGAAAUGUUUCCUUAACAAGUAUGCUUGUUUGUACCUCUUUUGAGCUAUGGUUUCUCUAUUUUGAAAAGAAUGGCAAUGGUGAAUGGAAGAGUAUAGAAAGGAAAGAGUUUGAUAAGAAACUUGAUGAUAUGAAAAACGAUCAGCCUUCUCAACCACCCGCUACAGAAACCACAGGCAAAUCCGAAGAAGCUCCUAAACCUGCACCUCUGAGUGAACGUGUCAACAAGGUAGACUCCACCCUAUUCAAUGUUGAAGAGGGACAAGAGAAUGGGUUUAAGGUUCUAAAGCUCAAAGUCAAGGAGGGUAUUAAAGCUGAUAAGCUCACAUUUGAUGGUGUACAACUAUGGCAGAGUCAAAAUGCUGGUGACUCAUGCUCAAUGGCCAUCUUCUAUCUGGGACCAAAUGACGAUCCAGUAGCUGCUUUGUACAGAUUCAGGAGAGAAACUGAUGGAAAGCUAUUUGAAGGCUACCGUUUAUUCUCCAAUGGCAAUUGGACUCCAGCCAAUAAGAAGGCCUUUGACGAACUACUUCUCAGCGCAAAGUCCUGA